GCCGCCCCGCCGAGCCGCCACCAGUGACCGCGUGCUUUGCAGUCUGGACAGCAAGGCGCGAGAAUGGUGAAGCUGGGGAGUAAUUUGAACGACAAGAGCAACAAACAGCCAUCCAGCGAAGAUGGGUUUCAGACAGUUCCUCUGAUCACGCCUUUGGAAGUAAAUCACCUGCAGUUCCCCGCGCCAGAGAAGGUAAUUGUGAAAACAAGAACAGAAUAUCAGCCCGACCAGAAGAACAAAGGAAAACUCAGAGUGCCCAAAAUUGCUGAAUUCACAGUCAGUUUCACUGAUGGUGUAACAGAAAGGCUAAAGGUCACUAUUCUCAUAAGUCUGGCUCUUGCAUUCCUUGCCUGCAUAGUGUUUCUUGUGGUAUACAAAGCCUUUACUUACGACCACAGUUGCCCAGAUGGAUUUGUUUAUAAGCAUAAGCGAUGCAUUCCGGCCUCCCUGGAUGCAUACUACUCAGCACAGGAUUCCAACUCCCGGGGCAGAUUCUAUACUGUCAUCAGCCACUACAGCAUGGCCAAGCAAACCAGCUCCCGGUCUGUAUCGCCUUGGCUUUCUUCAGGAUCGGUAAACCACGAAGCUAAGGCUGCCAAGACAGAAGGUCAUUAAAAUUAAUGAGUGGUGAUGGGAAAGCGGGAGGGUGGGGA